CUCCUCUGUUGUAUCCACAAUUCAAAGCAGGUCGCCAACAUGAAGCUCUCUGCCCUCGCCGUCGCCUCCAUCCUCGGCUUUGCCGCUGCCACCCCGGCGCCGCUCGAGAAGCGUGCCACCGUCCAGGGGUUCGAUAUCUCUGGCUACCAGCCCAGUGUCAACUUCGCAGCUGCCUACGCCAGCGGAGCUCGCUUUGUGAUCAUCAAGGCCACCGAAGGAACCACCUUCAUCUCCUCCACCUUCUCCUCCCAGUACACCGGCGCCACCAACGCCGGCUUCAUCCGCGGUGGUUACCACUUUGCCCACCCCGGCUCCUCCACCGGCGCCGCGCAGGCCAACUACUUCCUCGCCCACGGCGGCGGCUGGUCCAAGGAUGGUAUCACCCUCCCCGGUAUGCUCGAUAUCGAGUACAACCCCUCCGGCGCAACCUGCUACGGCCUCUCCGCCGCGUCGAUGGUGGCCUGGAUCCACGACUUCGUCAACACCUACCACACCAAGACUGGCGUCUAUCCAAUGAUCUAUACGACCACUGAUUGGUGGACCCAGUGCACUGGCAACAGCGCGGCGUUCGCAAGCACCUGCCCGCUUGUCCUGGCUAGGUACGCCUCCUCGCCCGGCACUAUGCCAGCGGGAUGGCCGUACCAGACUAUCUGGCAGAACAGCGAUGCUUAUGCUUAUGGUGGUGACUCGGAUGUGUUCAACGGCAGCUUGGACCAGUUGAAGAAGAUUGCUCUUGGUUAAAGGAAAAGUUUCGUCGCGGAAGGGGAUCGGGAGGUGUAGCUAUGAGAUGUGAUGAUGGGAAUGGUAUUCAAUUCAAGUCAACGCAGCCAAACAGCAAUAGAUAUAAUAAAAAACUAAAUUCUGGCCAG